AUGGAGAUCGAAAGCAUGGUGGCAAACAGUGCUCUGAUCAGAGCCAGAGAAGGUAGGAGGACUUUCCAUCAUUUUACAGAGUUUUUGUUAGAAAAUUCUGAAAGACAGAAAGAGAUGAACUUAGAGUUAUUUAUAUGGUGAUAAAAACAGUCAAAACAAACUACUUAAUUUAAAAGUUUAAAAAAAGCAUGUUUGAACACGUGAUUCCGAAGGUUUUAAGAACUUUUACUACUCUGACUUGCAUAUUUCCCCGUCCCACAUCAUGACAUAAUCACGGUGAGGAGUGGAGGGAGUCUCUUAGGUCAUGAAUCACGUCUUGUUUGGGUGAUGUGAGGACAGGGGCUUCACUAUGACACUGAGAACAGACCAGUAACUGAUUUAUCAAAAACACUCUUUUACAAACCUAUAUAAACUUCUCUCUGUGUCUGUGCUGCUUCUGUUUCUCCAUAAAAACAUCUUGCACCUGUUGUAAACUGCGUAAAAGAAAAACCUGUGUGAACUGUAAAUCUGUGUAAACUUUAUUUUUUAUAUGAACUUGGAGAACUUCAGUGAAAAUGCACCAACUAAAAUUUUAGUCUGUCAUCUUUUAACUAAACUAAAAUCCAAUGAAAAGACACAAAACUCCAACUGAGAUAAAAACCACAAACUGAAGAAAUCCACAGAGAGGUCCUGUGGGAGCGUCCAUUGACUAAAACACGGCUAAAUUAGAGAACAUUCCCAACAUUAAAGGUUUGGAAAUAACUGGAACAUCAAGAGGGACAAUAGAAUGAUUAGCUGGUUAUAAUUAAGAAGAAAUUUAUUGAUCACAAAAGGGAAAUUCCCUGAGUGUAAUGGAAACAGUCAUUACACACAAUUAAUUAUGAUUAAAGCGAGCAGCGUGUUAUUAUGAAGUUCUCUUGAUUUUGAGUAUCAGGUCAUGUAGGACCAGAAACCAGAUCAAGUCCUGAUUAGCUUUGAAACAGAUUUAUAAAUGGAGAAGAGAGCAGGUUUAUUCUCGUCAGAACAAUAAGACUAGUUUAUUUUGUGUUAUGGACCAGAACUAUCUACUGAAACAGGAUUAAACUAGAGUAUCGUCUGCAUACAAAGAUUUCAGAGUGUUGAAAAUGAUGCAGAGAGUUAAAAGACUUUGAGUGGUUGGAAAGACUAUAGAAGAGCAAAAAGUACAAAUACAUUAACAAUGAACAAAAACUGUCCAUGAUACAUUCAAGUACAAUAUGGUAAAGGGAGUUUAAAUACAAUAUAUCACAGAAAAGAGAUGCAGAACAGCACAACAGUAUACAAUAUGAUACAAAACAGUACAACAUGACACGAUGAUCCAAUCCAGCUCAAUACAAAACAUAAAGAUAUGAUCCAAUGCAAUACAAUAUACAAUUGAUAAUAUAGUGAUGUGAUACAAAAGGUCUGAAAUGGGCCGGUAUGGCAUAAUAUAUGGGGAGGGUAUCCCAUUUGUGCCUCAGAUUGCUCUGCUUUAAAGUCAGUUCCUGGUUUAAACAGUUUAGUACUUGUCUCCUCAACAUUUUCCCGUUUUUCUAAAGCCUGUGUGGAAGUUAUGUACUAACUACUGGAAAUGUGAACGGUAAGCUGAUCAUCUCUAACGUUUUUGGUCCAAACUGACUCUUGAAGUCAUUCGAUUUCCUAAGACAGACGGCGAUCAGUUUCUUUGAGUCAAUAAAGCAAAUUUUUAAAUGUCUAGAUUUGCAGGAGUCCUUUUUCUUUUUUUACUUUACUUCUUCUUGAUGGUUUGAGCUUUUUAAAAGUUUGACAAAUCUGCAGGUGAAAGAGGAAACUAAACUGUUGUGUUCAUCUUCCUGUAAUCUUAUAAAAGCUGCUGCCUGGAAAAGAAGACUGCAGAGGUCUAACUCUGGAUUCUCCCUCAAAGAAAAACAUUUAUUUUCAUGCUCUGUCUCCUUGACACUGAUAAACAGAUGUGCUGUAGGUGAAUUAAUCUUCAGGUGAAGGGCCAUCAGCGUAACUUUGAAAGUAAGUUUCAGAGUAAUGCAGUCCCACAGGCUCAGCGCUAUAAAUAGUUCAUUCACAGUAGAGGAGUGCACUAUUGUCUGAAACCUGACAGGCCAGGCGUGCACGUCCACGUGCAUGUUUCUAACUGGCUGCUGACAGACCAGAGAUAUCCAUCAUUGUUGCUGUCAUGUGUUUGACAACGCUGCUUUAAUCUGUUUUCUCUGCAGGAGGGGGGAGCAAAGGAAGGAGCUGGAAGUGGAAGGAGAUGCUGAAGUUCCCUCACAUCAGCCAGUGUGAGGACUUCGCCAAGAGCAUAGGUGUGUGUUUGUGUGCGUGAGUGUUUAUGAAACAACGCAUGAGGUGGUUUUUAGUGUGAACUAACAUGCUGGUGUGUUUGUUCGUUCAUCAGAGCGGGAUUACGUCAGUUUGUGUGUAAAGCAGCCGAUUGGGAAGAAACUGUUCCAGCUCUUCUGUCGGAGUCGGCAUGACCUGCAGAACUACAUUUCCCUGCAAGAUGCUCUGGUACUCUAAAAAUGUGGGGCUGAUAUUGGCCAGCGAUAGGAUCAGAAGAUGAACUGAGGGCUGGGCUAGACCUUUACAGCUUUAUAUUCCAUGUGCAUAAAUUCAAAAGGCCAAAAAAAUACCCACCUACAAAUGGAUGAGAUUUAAAUGCCACAGUGUCAACAGGCAGAGCUGAAAUGUGUGAUCAGGUUGUUGUUAAGCAGAGUAUUUUAAAAUCAAAUUAAGUGGUAGAGAAAGCUGAACAAAGUUGAACAAAUCUGGAUUCUGAAUAACCGUAAAAAGGAAAACAUAAGGGGGUCCAAGAAUGGAGCCCUGAAGAACACUACAACUCAACUGAACUGAGGUUUAAGGAAGUAUAACAUUACCUGGAGCAACAUAUGACCCAGAGACACAGAGUGUGUGCAAACAUAUGGACUAUGUGAUUGUAAAAAGUUUCAGAGACAAAUUAUGCCAUUGCUCACUAAUGUGAACUGUUCUGUCAAGCAAGUUCAUGAGAAAAGUUGGGGAAAAGCAGUUGUAUAUCCGUAGAAUAAUUUCCAAAGUUAGUCCAGAAAUGUCUCCGUUAUCUGAUAUGUAUUCACAUGAAAACUCUUGACAAGGAGCUUGAAACCCCGGAUGAUUAUAGAAAGUAGAUCCCACUCUUUACAGCUAAAGUUUCAGAUGUGUGUUUCCUCCUCGUCUCCUUUAGGAAGUAUUUGAGACAAAGUCAGAUGAGGAGAGAGGAGACUUUGGCUUCAAUAUCAUACAGAGAUUCUUCAUGAGCCAGGUACUAAAAAAAACUCGUGACAUGAACAUGUAACAGCUGAUUUCUUGAAUUUUUAUCUUUAUUCCCGAUGUUUCACUCCCUUAGUCGAAUCAGAGCGUGUCCUGCAUGCAGAAGUAUGAACAGAGCUGCAUCGAGAGGCUGAUGUCUGAUUCCUGUGGGGAUGUUUUUCAUGACUGCAAAGAGUACGUCCAUGCAUGCACUAUAAGAUAUCUCAUAGUCCAGGUUUGAUUUAAUGGACUGACUCCUUAUUUAUGUCACACAGAGAUCUACACAAGAUCCUGAGAGAGGAGCCCUUCAUCCUGUACCAGGAGAGCAUGUUUUUUGACCGUUUUCUGCAGUGGAAGAUGUUGGAGAGGUCAGUGUGUGUUCGUUCUCAAGUGUCUUUUUAGAAGAUGGAAUACGUAAGGGUCAUACUUUGAUCAAAAGCUUGGAUAGCUGGUUUAUCUGCUCUUAAUGUUGGCUAUAUGCCAGAGGAAGCUUGCAGAUUUCCUCAAAGACUGAACAUUAACAGUCUGCUUUUCUCUUCAAGGCAACCCAUCACCAAGCAGACGUUUCGACAGUACAGACUGCUAGGCAAAGGAGGGUUUGGAGAGGUGAGAGUGCUGAAAAUCACAGAAAUCACAACAUUUUAUCCUUCAGAGAUAAAACUUAAAAAGAAAGGCUCAAUCACCACAAAAUAAAUGGCAUUUCCAGGUCCAUAACAAACAUUGAUAUGAUCAGAACAAACCAGCUUUAAACAAAACUGUUCUUCAUAAAUCAGUGAUCUCAGGCGAAAUGAUCUCAGCGGGGGUAUAAUGUUUCGGGCCUAUUGGAGGUUACGUUUUUAAGAGCGUGGGAAAUGGUGGAGUUCAACAAAACUCAAAAAUCACACAUGUCCAGAGUUUCCACGAAGCUCACAGUUUAUUACAAACCACCCAUCAUUGUCACAAAGCCUCACUGUUCGGCUUUUUAACGUGACCAAGAGCUCCAUCUUCAACAACAUCCACCUAAAAGUGAACUGGGUUUAAUCGUCUGUAUCCACUGACAAUGGAGGCUGACAUUUUUGCCACAGAGUCAACAGGCAAUGCUGAAAUUUGUCCGAACCCCUAGUGUAUCAAUCAUUGUUGAUAAGUAUUCCCCCUUAUUAUAGGAUUUUAAACAAUUAGAACUGAGUAUUCAACAUGAGCUACUAAGAGUUUUGAGUAAGUGAGAAAGCUGGGUAUUAAAAAUAAGGUGAGGCACGUGGAGUUUGAGUAAACGCACCAAAGGAUAACAUUUAAACAGAAAAUAAAAGGAGAACAGAACUGGAGCCUUGAGGAACACCGACACUCAACUGAGCUGUAAAGGAAGUGUAUUACUACCCAGAGCAAUGAAUGAACUAGAGAUAUACAGUCGGUGCAAAAUAGGAUAAGUUUAGUUAACAAGAUACUUGCUCAAACAUGUAAAUGCAUACUAAUGCUAACUAUCUUAUUAAGCUGGUUAAUUAAACUAUUCCAGAUUACAAAUACUAACACACACUAAUGCUAAUUUUUAUAUUAAGCGAGUUUAUUAAACUAUACCAGAUUUUCGAUACUCAUACAUACUAGUGCUAACUUUAAUUUUAAGCUAGUUUAUAAACUAUUUCCGAUUUGCAAUACUAAUACAUACAAAUGCUAACUAUUUUAUUAAGCUAGUUAAUGCACUAUUCCAGAUUACAAAUACUAACACAUACUAAUGCUAAUUUUUAUAUAAUGCUUGUUUAUGAAACUAUUCCAGAUUACAAAUACUAAUACAUACAAAACCAUGUCAAUGUUAUCAGCACUCAAACUGACUUAAAGGACAAAUUUCCAUCUCGUGAUGUUUCUACGCUUGUUAUUUAGCAGCACUGCACAUCUUAAAGGUUAAUUCACUAACGCAACAGGACAAGGUCAAAAUUAGAUGAAGUUUCACAUUCUGCAAAGUUGCAUAAAGAUCAGCAACCUUUCGAGGUACAUUCUGUGCUCGAAGAAUGUGAAGUCCUCCUCGCUAUAAGAAAUACUCCAUCAGACGAUAUCUGUGCAUCAUUUCUUUGUUUCCUCUCCAGGUGUGGGCGUGUCAGUCUCGAUCCACGGGAAUGAUGUACGCCUGCAAAAAGUUGGAAAAAACCCACGUAAAGAAGAGACGAGGAGAAACCAUGGCCCUCAACGAGAAAGAGAUCCUGGAGGAGCUGGACAGCCGGUUUGUGGUGAGACUGAAGUUAGACUUUGAUCCUUUGACUUACCAUGAUGAUUCUUGUUUCAGUAGCCUGAUACCUCUUUCUUCAUCCAGGUGAAUCUGGCGUAUGCAUAUGAGACAAAGCACGCCCUCUGUAUGGUUCUGACCAUGAUGAGUGGUGGAGACUUGAAGUUUCACAUUUAUAACAUCGGUGAACCAGGCCUGGACCAGAACAGAGUGAGAUUCUAUGCUGCGGAGGUCUGCUGUGGUUUGAUUCACCUGCACCAGAAGUCUAUAGUUUACAGGUCAGAAGAUUUCUGUUCGAUCAGUGCACUGAAGGCUCUUGGUUAGUUUUCAAUCUGGGGUUAUGUUUUUUAGAUUUUGGGAUGAAUACGACAAAUUCUGGCAGUAGCUCAGGAGGUAGCGCAGUCAUCCAAUAACCGGAAGGUUGGUGGUUCGAUUCCCCUCUAUCCUGAGUCUGUCCGUUGUGUCCUUGGGCAAGACACUUAACCCAACUUGCUCCCAGUGUGUGUCCUCCACUGGUGUAUGAUUAUGAGUGUUGAGUGGUGGUUGGAGAGGCCGUAAGUGCAAACUGGCAGCCACGUUUCCGUCAGUCUGCCCCAGGGCAGCUGUGACUACCAAGGUAGUUUACCACUAUCAAGGUGUGACUGUGAUAGCUCAUGAAUGAUGUAUCCAAUGUAAAGCGCUUUAGGGGCUCUGGUAAAGCGCUAUAUGAAAUCUGAUGCAUUAUUAUUAUUAUUGUUAGUGUGGAGAUGCUCCAGUCAUGAAACAGGCUGUAAUAACAGUAGUGGGGUUUUUGAAGUCGAUUUUUGACUCUGAACGUACUGCUGCGUUUGCCUUCCAGAGAUAUGAAGCCAGAAAACAUCCUCCUGGACGACAACGGUACGUACAGCCGCCUGUUUGUGUGAGUAAUAAACCUCUCCAUAGCAACGACCGCAAACAACAACCCGAGGCAUACAGAUCAUGAUGAAACCGCUGACAUACACCUCCUUACUUUCCUAUUUUUAGCUUAGCUUUUAGAGAUUAACCUGAAAAAUCUAAAAGACAACAUCGCAGCCACUCUGAUGAUUUAAUCACUCCUCAGGUGUACCUGCCUGUUCCUUAGAAGGAAGUAACAGUGAAGGUUUUUUUUGACUGGGGUACAAACAGGUUGAGAAAGUGACAAGCCUCUGGGACUCAGGUGUGGUGACGGCUAUUUUAAGAAACCUGUGCAGCUGUUUCUUCAUUCUUGGCCGCUGGCUCCCAGACCUGGAACCACCUUCACUUUGCAUGCCUUUGGUAAUUUGAGCUCAGAACUGUCACAGGGUUUUUGGAUUAGGUCCAGCACCAACUCCUGCGAGGGAAGCAGGAAGUAUUUAAGUAUAUAAGCUAAAGAGAAAGUACGUCAUCGCAGCAAAAGUCUCGAAACCAGUUCUUUGAACAUUUGUGGUAUUUGUUCCCUCAAAGGACACAUCCGCAUCUCUGACCUGGGCCUGGCUGUGAGGCUGUCUGAGGAAGGUCUGGUGCGAGGCAGGGUGGGAACACUGGGAUACAUGGGUAAGUAUCCACUACAUGACAUUCAGAGUCAAGAUCCUGGUGUUUUAGUCGCAGCUAAAAAUUGAAGGUGCUGGUUUAACUGUCUGGUGUAACGUGAAUCCAUAAACUCAGAUUAAAACCAGCAGAGAAGGACCAUAAUUAGACCCCCAGUCAAAAAUGGACCAACCAAAUCUGGUCCAGUCCAGAAAACAGUUCAGAAGGUUGUGUAGGAACUAAAAAAUAUUUGUCAGUUCCAAAAAUCUUUUGUAAAAUCCUAAGAAUUUUUUAGAGAUCAUGAAAAAGUUUAAUGAGAAAGUUUGUAAAAUGAUGAGGGACAUUUGCAAGAUCCUGUGAAAGUUUUAGAUUUCUUUGAGAGAUCUUUGCAAGAUCCUACAAAAAUUUUGCAAGGCAGUUAAAAACUUUUAAACAUCCUGGGGAGCUCUUGCAAAAUCCCAAGAAAAAUUUUGCAAAAUUUUUCCUGUGAAACUUUUGAAAGAUCACAUCCCGGGAUUACCACCGCACCCAGGACGCUCCAAUUCGGAAUGGCAGUGAUUUUCACCGUACGCCGAUCCCUACCAGAUACGUUUGGGAGGUGAAAUUUUGUGGCAGAUUACAGACAGCAGGAAUCACAAGAACUCACAAGAACCCGUGGAUUCAUGUGCAAUUGCGCGAUAACAAGUUGUCUCUAACCACAUAGGCUGACCAUAAAAGCAGUAGAUUGUGUCCUUCCAGAGAAAGAAAUCUACUUCUAGACUUCUAGAAGUAGAAGUUUUGAGAGAUCUUGAGAAAAAGAUGAUGAGAACCCUUGGAAAAGUUUUGAGAACCUUAUGCAACUCAUAAGACAUGUUCCUGAGCAAGAUCUUGUCAAAGUUUUGCAUUUUUCUGAAGGAUGUUUGCAAGAUCUUACAAAAAAUUUGCAAGACACUGAAGAUUUUUAAACAUCCUGAGGAGCUCUUGCAAAAUCAAAAAGAGAAUUUUUGCAAGAUCCUGUGAAACUUUUGGAAGAUCAUAAGAGACGUUCGAAGAAGUUUGGAGAAAUGUUGGCAAGAUCCAAAAAAGUAUUGGACAGUCACAAGAAACAUUUGCACAAUUUUGUAAAAAAAAAUUGUAUUUCUCUGAGAGACCUUUGCAAGAUCAUAGUUUGCUGUUGCAAGAAUGUGAGAAGCUUUUGAGAUGUCCUGAGGAGUCCUUGCAAGAUCGUGAAAAACUUGAGAGAUCUUGAGAAAAAGCUGAUGAGAAUCUUUGUAAAAGAUACGAGAACCUUACGCAACUCAUCAGACAUGUUUUGCAAGAUCUCAAGAACCUUUGAUAGAAUUAGACACAUUUGCAAGAUCCUGGUAAGUUUUGCAUUUUUCUGAAAGACCUUUGCAAGAUCUUACUAAACUUUUGAAAGAUACUUAAAAAAUUUUAAACGUUCUGAGGAGCUUUUGCAAAAUCACAAGAAAUUUUUGAAAGAUCAUGAGAAAUGUUCAAAGAAGUUUUAAGAAAUGUUUGCAAGGUCCAAAAAAGUUUUGGACAGUCAUGAGUUUGUAUUUCUCUGAGAGACAUUUGCAAGAUCUUAAAAAAAUUUUGCAAGACACUGAACAUUUUUAAACAUCCUGGGGAGUGCUUGCAAAAUCACAAGAACGUUUUUGCAAGAUCUUUUGGAAGAUCAUAUAAAACGUUUCAGAGGUUUUGUAUUGGACGUCAUGAGAAACAUUAAGUAUUUCUCUAAGAGACCAUUGCAAGUUCCUACUUUAAUGUUGAACGAUUGUGAGAAGCUUUUGAGAUGUCCAGAGGAGCUCUUACAAGAUCAUGAAAACUUGAGAUUUUGAAAAGAAGACGGAUGUUUUCUUUUGUGUCUGUGCCCGACUUCCUUUCCAGCACGGGUUAAUCUCUGCUGAAUUUAUCCAGCAUGCUCCAGCGUCUGGAGAGUUUGCAAAGUUUUUCCUGUGAAACUUUUGAAAGAUCACAUCCCGGGAUUUCCACCGCAUCUGGAAUGCUCCAAUUCGGAAUGGCAGUGAUUUUCACCGUACGCCGAUUCCUACCGGAUACGUUUGGGAGGCGAAAUUUUGUGGCGGAUUACAGACAGCAGGAAUCAUAAGAACUCACAAGAACCCGUGGAUUUGCGUGCAAUUGCGCGAUAACAAGUUGUCUCUAGCCACAUAGGCUAACCAUAAAAGCAGUAGAUUGUGUCCUUCCAGAGAAAGAAAUCUAGUUCUAGACUUCUAGAAUCAGCAUCUCCUCAUCCAUGGUGUCAUUGGGGUGAAAUAAUAUCUAAAAACCUUUCACUUGUUCUUCUCUGCCUGUUUGCAUGGUGUGAAAUACGAUCCACCUGAAACACAGUGUUUUAUUUUGAAAAGAGGCCAGAUGUUUUAUUUUGUGUCUGUGCCCGACUUCCUUUUCAGCACGGGUUAAUCUGUGCUGAAUUUAUCCAGCAUGCUCCGGCGUCUGGAAAAGAUAGAAGUCUUACGAUCUGCAAAGGGACGUAAAGAAGCCAGUGGAAAUCGACACAUUAACUUGAAUGGUUACAAUCAGCUGCGAUCGGUGGAUACAGCCUUUUCGUAGCCAUUCUGGAUGCAGUGAAAAUUGGGAGUAAGAAAUGUUAAGGAGGUUUUGAGAAAUGAACGCAAGAUACCAGAAAGUUUUGGAUAGUCAUGAGAAACAUUUGCACAAUUUUGUGAAAAUUUAGUACCCUCUGGGAGACCUUUGUAAGAUCCUACUUUAAUGUUGCAAGAUUGUGAGAAGCUCUUGAGAUGUCCAGUGGAGCUCUUGCAAGAUCAUGAAAACUUGACAGAUCUUGUUUUCAUGAUUCAAAGAUAAUGAGAACUCAACUCAUCAUACAUUUAUUGCAAGAUCUCAAGAACCUUUGAUAGAAUUGAAGACAUAUUUGCUAGAUCCUGGAAUAACUUUUGCAAGAUAGAAAGAGAAUUGCAAAAAACCUAUGACUUUUGCAAGAUAUUGAAACCUUUUAAAAGUCCUGAGAAUAGUUUGCGUUUCUCUGAGAAAUUUUUGCUAGAUCUCACAAAACUAAUACAAGAUUGUAAGAUACCUCUAAGGAAAGAUCCUGUCACCCUUGGGAAAGAUCUGGACAUGUUUUUGCAAAACCCAAAGAACAGAUGGUGAAAUUAUGUAAAACCUAUGCAAGAUCCUGAAACACUUUAGCCAGAUCCUGAGAUGAGUACUUCUGGGGAGCUCUUGAGAAACAUUUGGGAGAUUCUGAGACUUAGCAAGAUCCUGAAAUAAGUUUUCAGGAAGAGAAACUUCUCUCUGUGGAUCUUGAGCAGUUUUAACGAACAUGAAGUGACAAAUUUAAGAGAUUUUUGUUUCUCGACUGGGAUAGAAACUUUUUUUUUGUGGUAAAUCAAACAGGAUGACUAACGCUCACCUUGGUUUCAGCUCCAGAGCUGAUCAGUCAUAAGCACUACGGCCUGAGCGUGGACUGGUGGGGCCUUGGCUGUCUGAUCUAUGAGAUGACAGCGGGACAGCCUCCUUUCAGGACCAGAGCAGAACAUCCCAAACCCUCAGAGAUGGAGAGGAGGAUCGAGUCUGAGAAGGAGGACUACUGGGACAAGUUCAGCAAGGCUGCGAAGGACAUCUGUACCGCAGUGAGUCCACAACCAGGAAUCCAAAGUCCCUCAUGUUUGGGUGACGUUGACAGGUUUUCUUUCCUGUUUCAGCUGCUGAAGAAGGACCCGAAAGAACGUCUAGGCUGCAGCAGUUUAGGGGGAAAAGAGGUUCGGUCACAUCCUUUCUUUAAGAAGAUGAACUUCAGGAUGCUGGAGGCCGGACUCGUAGAGCCUCCUUUCAAGCCUGAUGCAAGUACUCCAAUCCAAAAACUCGUCUAAUCCGAUUAUACAUGAUCUCCUUCUUUCAUACAAACGUGUGAUGAAAAUGCAACUUGCACAAAAAGGUUUUGCAGGACUGGAUCAGAUUCAGUGAUGUUGCCUCUGUUGGUUCUCUUAAAGUUCUAGAGCAGUGGUUCUCAACUGGUGGGUCCCGACCCAAAAGUGGGUUGCGGACACCUUCUGGAUGGGUCGUGAACACCUGGUCAAAAAAGUAAAUAUUUAAUGUGAAUCUGAUAUUUGACAUGUCUUUUAUUUUGAAAAAUAGCUUCUUUUGAAAGGCAUGCAUUAUGUUGUGUUCCUCCUCGGUUUCUUAUUAAUGUGGCCUGAAUGCAGUAAAACUACAUGUUUUUUUAUGGUCUUUAUUUGUGCAAUUUGAUAUUUAUUCACUCUUGUCCAUGCUGUUGCAUGGUCCCCCUCAGGUUCUUCUGAAUAUGCUCUGAAUGCAGAGAUGCACAUAAGUCAAAUUUUUCAUUUUGCUGGUCUCUAUUGUGUGCAAUUUGAUAUUUUCUGUAUACGCAACUUCAGUAGUUGUUGUCUUCAGUUCAUGUGCUCUGAAAUGCACUUUAUUCAAUAAAAAUAGGUGUAUUUAUGUCAAAGAUUAGAGUCCUUAAAGGUUUUUUUUAUAAUAAAUAAUUUUUCUUGGUUUGAAUUUUAUAAAAGUGGGUCACGACUUAAGGACCGUGGGAAAAUGUGGGUCCCAGAGUGAGACCAGUUGAAAACCAUGAAAACCUCUAGAGGCCACGAGGAGCCAAAUGUCAUUACUGAUCUCGUUAAAGGAGAUACUAUAAAAGUGUACCACAUUUAGUUCCUCUUACUCGUCUCAAAAAUGAGAAGGAGGAACCGUGCUCAGCUGUGGGUGUUGUGUUUUGUUUGCAGCCCAGACAGGUGUACUGCAGCGACGUGCAGGACAUUGAGGAGUUCUCCUCGGUGAAGGGGGUCACUCUGGACCAGAAAGACUUUGAAUUUUACUCUAAGUUCAACACGGGUAGCGUCCCUAUAACCUGGCAGAAUGAGGUAGGAACAAGGAUUCCACGGGUCUGUAAAAACGGGUUUCAUAGUUCACAAUGUCAGACAGGACUUAAGCUCAUCUCUGUCUGUCUGCUCCUCUGCAGGUGAUAGAAACCGGAUGUUUCAGGGAGCUGAACACAUUCGGCCCUGAAGGAUCCCGAUCUCAAGACCUGGACUGGUCCCAGACUUGUAAGAGUCCCAAAGGCAGCCUCCUGGGCCGGAUCUUCCGCAGAAAUGUACGAGCACCUAUUUUAGAACAGUGCCUGAGUCUUUGAAUUGAAGACUGAUGAUUAUUUUUUCCUCCAACAGCAUCCUCCAGAGGCGACAGAUGAGAGCAAACAGCCCCUGGUGCCCAGUGAGACCUACAUGAACUCAGGACUGUUCAGCACCGCCCUCUAGAGGCCAAAGAAGCAAACAGACACUAAAACCAGUCAGACGGUGAGGACAGAGGUUCACUCUAAUCUGAGCAUAGCAUUUAUUUCUCUUUAGAUCUGUGAAGUCAUCCAUCACUUCUGUAAACAAGCACUUUUGUUUUUUUUUUCAACUUUCCUCUGAUGUUAAAUUUUGGCGUUUUAUUUGUCACAUUCAGAGGAAAAUUAGCAUUUUUGGCGAACAGAAAAUAUGACGCCAAACUUCAUGUUUAUAAAACUUGAGGAGCUCAGCUGAAGAGCAGAAUUUUUCAGUGUGUUGUGAAGGAACAAAAAUUAUGUAUAUAACUUGUUUUUCUCUAUUGUUCUCCUAAUUUUUGCCUCUUUUCUGAAUAUCUGUCACGAAAAUCACAAACAGCUCACAUUAAAUGUGCAAAAAAAAAAGUCUCAUUAACUCAGGACUAAAAUCACUCUGUGGUUCUGAAGUCUGUAAAUUCAGUGUAAAAUAAACAUUUUCAGAUUUUUUAAGUGAG